AUGUGUCUGCGUCGGACCGGUAGGAUGAAAAGAGUGGAACCGCACGGAUCCGUUCUACUGAGUUCCGAGUCCGACUCAGAUUCAUCCAAAUUUACUAACCCAUCUACUAACAAGCACUGGUCUGUAGCUCAAGUAUAUGACAAUUGGAUCUACGUGUGGACACUGCCGCAGCACAUUUCACAAUCAAGAUUUGGCGGUAGGCGAAAACCUUCAAGCGCAUGCACCAUUAUUGCUUUAGCGAUGGCUAGAGUAUAUCACAGGUCAGGAAUGCGGUUGCCGUCAAUGCCGCUGUCGAGAGAAGGAAAUAGCAACAAUGAGGUCAUCAUUCCAGUGUCAUUACUAGCCUUACUAACCAACUCAAUCGUAGACGGAAAUGCGGUGCAUGCUCGAGAGAUGGCGAAGAGACAGAACUCACGAGUAUCAUUUGUUCCUGCACUUGACACAUUCACUAUUCCUCAAGGGAUUGAGGCUCUUGGUGGAGUAAUCCACGAAAUCGAUUACAGAAGUGUGCGUGGAAUCACAUGGAAACUCCUACCUCAGCACAUCCAGCAUGCUAUUGAUAGUGAAUUUAUCGCUCAUCUACCUUCGCUAUUUUUUGUGUUGAUCAUAGUUGAAAGAGCUGUUUUAAUCAUUCACGAAAGAGAGAACGGAACCAUUGCAAUUCUCGAUUCUCAUUCCCAUAUGCAAGGAAAGAGAGGUAAAGGUGCCGUAAUAGCGAUUUCUCACAUUGCCAACUUGCGUCGGUUUACAUCUUUUGUCUGUCAAAACCUAUUUCCUGAAGUUUAUAAAAUGCAACCGGAGCAAAUGCUAUUCGAAAUAUCAUGCAUACAAUAUUGUGGUCCAGAAAAGAGCAACGAGUCAGAAGGACAAGCGAUCAAGGCACAUGUUUUCCCACGACCAAUAAGAUUGUGCUCUGGUGAGGAUAGGCUACCAAUUCCAUCGUCGUGCAUGGACUCCGAGAGGAUAGCAGGAUCAGGAAGAGAUUGCACAGCACCGCAAGAAGUCGAUGGAACUAACAGCAGUGAUCUACAGAACACCAGUUUUAUCGAAACAUGA